AUGUGAACAAGUCCCAUGGAGCUCAAGUGCCUUUUGAUGUGGCUCUUGUUUGGAUCCGUCAAGGGGAACAAGCCAGAAAAAUGCCCAACUCCUCCAAGGACCGAAUUUGCUGAUGUUACUGCUGAAAUGUAUGCACUGGGGACCAGACUCUAUUAUGAAUGUGACAGUGGCUACAAGAGAAGAAGUGGUCAGUACUCGGGAAUUCGGUGUCAGAGUGAAAAGGAGGGUGCUUCUUGGCUCUACAAGGAAUUUGAAUGCAUUGAUGAGAAAAUUUUGUUGUCAACGGCUCCCAUGACAGAGGUAGAUUUUACACAGAAGCCAGAAACAAAACCACAGAGCCCUGCACCUCAGAAAAGAGAAAACUUUUCAGAAUUUCGCCAGAAAGAUUUUUGUGGUCCACCCAAGACAAUUCCACAUGCCUCUUUAAGCCUGAACAAACAGUAUUACGUGGGACAAGUAUUACAUUUCAAAUGUCAAAGUGGUUACAAUAAGCAACCCCCCACCUCUGGCACCCGCAGGUGCAAGAAGCUGAAUGGCAAAAUUAUCUGGACCCACCUUGACAUGCGAUGCACCAAUGACAGUGAUGAGUGGCCACCACAGACUGUUGAGCCAGAUACGACUCAUCCAUCUUUUUCUUCAUCUGUGAUACUGCCAGUGACAGCUAUCUUUUUCGUUCUGCCUAUCAUUCCUGCUGUCUUUGUGUGACUCACCAAACAGAGAAUACGAUAAGUGGGACGGAACCAGGAAAAUGUGAAAGCUAAAAAAAAAAAAAAAAUAAUCCCUAGCACUGGAAGAGAUCAGGCAUCUCACUGUUGCACUGCUUAGAUUUCUGAACGCCUUCUCUGGUAUUAAAUAAGUGACCCUGGAUUUUGGGUUGUCUUGUUCAGCUAUUAAAUGCUGGCACAAGAAAAAGAGGAGUCAGAGCUCUGAAAUCAAAAAGGAAGCUUCGUCCGAGCCGUUGUGGAAUUGAGAAUGGCAGCUCAGAUAAUGUGUGGAAAAUGAAUCCUGUGGGGAAAUUAAGGUUAAUUAUGGAAAUACGUUGGUUUCAGAUAGAUUACGCAAUCAGUCUUUUCUCGCUGGCUAACCUGUGGGAAGUCUGGUGGAGCAUCUGCCACCACGACCACGUAAUUCUUCUUCCUUCAUCCCCCUGAUUUCUCAGUCGUGUCAUGACAACUUUGUACUUCAGACUUAUUUUAGUCUGGCUUCCUCGCUGUUUCUAUUACUACACUGAGAUGCACCAAGGCUGUUCC